CAGCGUGGAGCCAGCUCACCUGCACCUCCGGAUUAAAGAGCAGGGUCAUGUCCCAGUUGCCAUGCGCAUCGCCACGCUGACCUGCCUCCCCGGCCCUUCCCCCCUCCUCUUUCUGCUGGCCCAGCUGCUGCUGCGGCUCCUCCUCGCCGGGCCCCAGCCGGUGGGGGCCGCCUCGUCCUGCCCCUCCCUCUGCACCUGCUCCAACCAGGCCAGCCGAGUCAUCUGCACCAGGCAGAACCUGGAGCAGGUUCCCGAGAGCAUAUCAGUCAACACGCGAUACCUCAACCUGCAGGAGAACUCCAUACAGGUUAUCAAGUCAGACACUUUCAAGCACUUGAGGCAUCUUGAGAUCCUCCAACUCUCCAAGAAUCAGAUUCGUCAGAUCGAAGUUGGAGCAUUCAAUGGCCUCCCCAACCUCAACACACUGGAGCUGUUCGACAACCGCCUCACACUGGUGCCAUCACAUGCCUUCGAGUACCUCAGCAAGCUGCGGGAGCUGUGGCUGCGCAACAACCCCAUCGAGACUCUGCCAGGCUAUGCCUUCCAUCGCGUGCCCUCGCUGCGUCGGCUGGACCUGGGGGAGCUCAAGAAGUUGGAUUUCAUUUCGGAUGCAGCCUUCGUGGGCCUCAUCAACCUGCGAUACCUGAACCUGGGCAUGUGUGGACUGAAAGACAUUCCCAAACUGACUGCCCUUGUUCGGCUGGAGGAGCUGGAGCUGUCGGGAAACCGGCUGGAGAUCAUCCGUCCCGGUUCCUUUCAAGGCUUGGUGUCUCUCCGCAAGCUGUGGCUAAUGCACUCGCAGGUGUCAGUCAUCGAGCGCAACGCUUUUGACGACCUGAAAAACCUGGAGGAGCUCAACCUGUCCCACAAUUCCCUGCACUCCUUGCCCCAUGACCUCUUCACCCCCCUUCAUCAGCUGGAAAGAGUACACCUGAACCACAACCCCUGGGUCUGCAACUGUGACGUGCUUUGGCUCAGCUGGUGGUUGAAGGAGACGGUGCCCAGCAACACCACCUGCUGCGCCCGCUGCCACGCCCCCCCGUUCUUAAAAGGAAAGUACAUUGGGGAGCUGGACCAGAGUCACUUCACCUGCUAUGCGCCCGUCAUUGUGGAGCCACCGACAGACCUCAACGUCACCGAGGGCAUGGCUGCCGAGCUGAAGUGUCGCACAAGCACAUCCACAACGUCUGUCAACUGGAUCACGCCCAAUGGCACUUUAAUGACCCACGGCUCGUACAGGGUGAGGAUAUCGGUUCUUCACGACGGCACGCUCAACUUCACAAAUGUCACCCUGAGAGACACGGGCCAGUACACCUGCAUGGUCACCAACGCUGCUGGAAACACCACUGCGACGGCGGUGCUCAACGUUACUGCUGCUGAUGCCAGUGUCAACUACACCUACUUCACAACGGUCACCGUGGAAACAGUGGAAGCUGGAGGAGGUAACGAUUAUGCAUUGAUUUCCAUCAAUGAGACCUUCAUCCGCUUUCAUCCUGGCCCCACCCCUUCAGACAUGUGGCCGGACGGUGUUUCGACCACCGACUCCUCUCUGGGUAACGACUGGUCGUCCUCGUCUCCUCGGGCCACUCGGCCCACCUUCACUGUGCCCAUCACUGAGCCGGGCUACUCGGGCCUGGACGACGUGAUGAAGACCACCAAGAUCAUCAUCGGCUGCUUCGUAGCCAUUACCUUCAUGGCAGCGGUGAUGCUGGUGGUGUUCUACAAGCUGAGGAAACAGCACCAGCUGCACAAACACCACGGCCCCGCCCGCGCCAUUGAGAUCAUCAAUGUGGAGGACGAACUGGGCGCCGGAGCCAGCGGGCGGGGCAGCGGCAUCUCGGGAGGCGCUACCGUGACGCAGAGCGGGAGCAGUGGAAUAGGAGGAGGCCAGACCCUCAGGCUGCACCACCCGGAGAUUGUCAACCUGCCCAACCUGGCCCGAUCGGAUCACCUCAACCACUACUACAAGACCCAUCACUUCAACAACAACAUGAUGGGUCUGGGCAUGGGUCCGGGCUCCGGCAUGGGCCUGAACAACAACAACAACCCCUCACCGUGCUCCCAGUCACAGAACAUAUCCUGUUCCCAAACCUCCACCGGAGGAGGAACCCCCACAGGUGGAACCCUGCCCUCCACUAUGCCCCUGCCUCAGUUGGGCCUCCACAGUUCCCUGAAAGGCCUCAUGGGUAAAGGCCAGAACGAGCCACUGCUUUUCAAGAGCGGCUCCAAAGAAAACGUGCAAGAGACUCAAAUCUGAGACAAAGCGAGGGUAGAAAGACACAUGAGGUAAUGAGAAAGGGAUGCAGGAUAGAAACUGAUACAGAAAGAACCUGUGAAGCCAAGUAUAAGAGACUGAUUGUAGCCUACAGUCCUUAGGGACGGAUUUCAGAAA